CACCGUUCCGGAGUUCCCCUGCAGGAAAACGCCAAGCUUUGAACUCCAUUCCGAACCUUCGCAUGUUGCUGGUUCUGGAGCGAGAGGGGCGAUGAUAUUUAGUCCCACAUGGGAAGCGAAAAGAGAGGAGCCGAGCAUCUUAAUUGGGACUUGGAGGCAAAAUCUAUGGCGGCGUGGCGGGAUCUGUUCGGUUUGAGUGCGGGGAGACUGAUGACGUGGCGUCCAUCCAAUAGGAUGGAAUAUUUAAUCUGAACCAAGUUGGACUUUUGCUUCUGUUAUGGAAGGCCCGCCCAACCUCAGAGAGAGAGAGAAUAGGAAGGAAAACGGCCGGUCUUCUUCAAGGUUCGGGGAGGCCCUGGCUAAUUCAGGUCCGACCCACUCGGAUUGCCUGUUUCGGAUAGGUUAGGGAUGCGGCCUGGGCCAACUCGGCCCACCUCCAGCACUAGUGGAGGAUGAGGAGGAGGAGCGGAGGAGGUGUAUAGGGCCUGCUAUAGAUAUUUUCUCAAAAACGAAAAUACGUCAGCGAAAAAGUAUCUCAAGUGAACAACGAGUAGAGCCGGGAGAGAUGCUGGGUUCGGCCGUUAUUCAAUCACCGUCCUCUUUCCCCCUCUCUCUUCAUCCCUUCUCCUUCCCCCGGAAGCAGAAGUAUCCCUCCCAUACCCGCUGCUUCUUCUUCUCGUCCACCCGCCCCGAGACCGUCUUCCCUCGCCCCUUCAGACGCUCCCUUGUCUCCGAAUCCACACCCGAGCCGAUCGGAUUCACUCCUCCUUCCUCGCCGGAAGACGGCCUUGAGGAGCCGAAGCCGGCACCGGAUCCCGAUUCCGUCUCCGGCGACGACGGUGGUGAUGGAAGCUUCGAGAUCGAGAUCGAGAAGCUGGAGAAGAAGAAUGGGCGGAGAAUCCGGGCCAGAAUACGGGUGGAGGCGGACCUGGAGACGGUGUGGAGCGUCCUCACCGACUACGAUGGCCUCGCCGACUUCAUCCCCAACUUGGCCGUCAGCCAGCUGAUCGAGAAGAAGGACAAAUUCGCCCGGCUCUAUCAGGUUGGUCAGCAGGACCUGGCACUUGGUUUGAAAUUUAAUGCCAAUGGUGUGCUAGAUUGCUAUGAGAGAGAUCUUGAGAUCUUACCUUUUGGUCGGAGGAGGGAUAUUGAAUUUAAAAUGGUGGAAGGUGACUUUCAUACCUUUGAAGGAAAAUGGUCCAUCGAACAGAUUGACAAUGACAUGUGCAAAGAUGAAGAAACUAUGGAGGGGAAAGGAUUCCAGACAACACUUUUAUAUUUUGUAGAGUUGGAACCAAAGCUUUGGAUUCCUGUGCGCCUACUUGAAGGGCGCGUGUGCAGAGAGAUCAAAAUUAACCUUCAAUGUAUUCGAGAAGAAGCCCAAAGAGUUCAAGAAGUGGGGCAUGAGGCUCUUCCUACCUGGCCGUAGCGUCAUAAGAGCUCUCGAGAGAUGAGUUUAUUAUAAUUGGUCAAGGAAGCUGGGAGAAACAGAGAAUGUUACCGGAGGACAAAGGAGCAGUUCUAAAGCAGCACAGGGCCAAGAUGAAUGUCUUAUGAUCUCACGGUGCAAUGAGCUAUAAAUUUAAAUGAAGUCCUAUGAUGACAGCAGCAUCCAAACUGGUCCUUCGAGAGAUCGAUGUCGUGGUUUUUGUCGAGGCAAGAAAAGAUGACCACAGCAAUCAUAUUAUAUAUACCUUGCAGAAAAAUAAUUAUUUACGGCUUCCAAGCUUAGUGUUGGCUUCAAAAGAACAAGCUUUUUGUUUUUCUUUUUCUUAAAGUGUAACAUGAAAUGUUUUUCCUUUUCCUCUCUUUUCCAUCUGUGAACUAGUAAUGCAAACCAGUUAUAUAUUUUUUUUCCGUGUUGAUUGAAUGCUGA